UCUGCAAAUAUUGAAGAAUUUCAAACAAACUAAUGCAUGAGCGGCGAAAUGGAUGCAACUGAAGAAAACAAGGCGGUUAUUGUGCCUCCAGGGGGGGAGCCUUCGGUGCCCAUGGAGGAUACUCCGCAUGAUGAUCCAGUGGUGGCAGCUAAAGACGAACCGAUUGGGCAAUUAAAUGAUCAAGAAGCGAAACCUUUAAUUCAACCAGUUAGCGAACCCACACGGGACUUAAUGUUGGAGCUUACCGAACAGCUUUCAGUUCUAAAUAUAGAUUUGCGAGAUAAAGAUCACUUGGAUCACUUGGACAACUUGGACAAUCUAGCUGAUGCGAAUACGCCAGGCUCUGUGAGUCCGAACGCGGGCACGGCCACCGCAGAGGAACGCAAAGAAACAGCUUCACCUAUCCAACAGCCAAUAAGCAGCAAGGGCUCCUUGAAGACGGAAAGAAAGAAGGCUAGGCCCGCCAAGUCCACAGAUCCACCUGCGAGCACUCAAUCGGGCUCGAUUAAGUCUACCAGCGCAGUCUCGCAAAUAAGUAAACAGAGUGGGACCUCCACAAAGUCGAAGGAAAAGAAAAAGGUAAAAGCCUCUAAGGUCGUCACACACAAGACUUCCCAGGCUAAAUCGCCCAAUCCCCUAUUGAGCAAGAGUGGUAUAAUGAGUGAUGCGAGCAUUUUAUCAACGCCCAGUCCCCAAGCGGGUCGGUCUACGAGUCGCCGAUCAUCUAGGGGCAGUCUGGGUCGGUCUGCGAGUCGCCGAUCAUCUAGGAGCAGUCAGGUCUCACCUUCAUCGCGAUCCCGUUCAAUAACAAGGGACUCAAAAACUGCACCUGCCAAGGACUCAAACCCAAAUCAAAUCUGGGGCACGCUAAGGAAAGCAAAAAAGAGAUCGUCAUCGAAGAGAUCAUUAGGCAAAUUGAAAAAGAAACCAACAGAUAUACUUCAUUCAGAUGAGGAUUCAUUGUCAGAGCUGUCGGGCACGCCCCCCGAUUUGUCAGUUAGUCGGGAUUCUAAGGAUAAAGUUGAGAUGAUCUUCAAGCGGAAUAGCCUACUUGCACUUCUGGCGCAAAUCCCAGAUAUUGAUGACAUAUCGGAAGGUAGUUAUUCGUCGCUCAUUGGCAAAAAACAGGAUGAAACUGACGGACAUUUUGUACCUCCAAUGGAUGGAGGUUCUGAAAAUUCCUCCUUGAAAAUCCCUGAGCCUAGCGUGAAACACCAAGAAACAACAUCUGCUGUAGAACAAGUCGAGGAGGAAUCCAGCUCUGAGAUCGUUUCCUCCACCAGCCACUCGCUUUUGAACCUCGAUAGCCUAAGUGACGGCGAUUAUGAACUGUUUCGUAUCAGUGCGAAACAAAUUGCUGAAGUAGAUGAAGAUAAGGAUAUCGCCAGAACCCUAACUUCAAUUGUCGUUCGCAAUAGUAAAAUGGGUAUGGUCAAUUUCUUAGACGCAAAUGCCGAAAAUCAGCGACAAGCAGCCAUCGAUGCCAGCGAAUAUUUCCUGGAGGAGCUAGUCCAACGAACUGUAGCUCACUCCGAGCAGGAUUCUGUGCGGCUGCGGCGCCUGCUUGAUAAGGACAAGCUGAUCAGGCAGCUCAUCCCGCUGAUGCAACAAUUUAAAGAAGAGCAAUUGUUGAAGACAAAGUUGGAGCAGCGGGUCGCAGAUCAUUUUGUGCGCAAGAAACUCUUCAUAUUCGUGAAAAUCCCCAAGACGUUCGACGCCCUCAAUUACCAGCGCCGGCAGAGUUCCCUUGUCGAGCUUGACCGACUGCUGGAGGUCCAUAAUCGAACAUUUGAUCUGGCCCAACUGCAGUCGCUCAAGCUGACCGAGGAACUUGAAAAAACGCGCAUUUACAGCGAUCAGAAGGUUCAGGUUUUCGAGCAACUGGUGCGAACGACUCUCCUCGCCAACGACAGCUUUACUCAUUUAGCGGGCAUGGUGAACGAGGUCCUUACUAGCAUGAGGCACUUUCGGGAUGAGUUGUCCGAGCUGCGACUGGAGCUGCUCUAUGCGCUACAUCGCUUCGCCGAAAUGCAGAUUAAAUCCGAGGUCUUGGAGGAUCUGGGCGAUGGACUCAAAAUGCAAGAGUAUCUCAACAAGCAGUCCGAUGUCCAUGUGCUGGGCACAAAAAUCGCAGAACGCGAUGCUGAGCUGAAUCGGCUGCAUGGGAAAAUCAACUUUGAUAUACAUGCGUUGGCCCAUGUCAAGUGCAAGGAGCACAUGUGCCGCCAACUUUACCUGGACAUGAUGCAGAAGCAGACGGAAUGCGAGCAAUCGAGGCGCCACCAUCGACAAGUCAUUUACCAGUGCAAGCUGAAGCACAACCGAUUUGUCAGGGAGCUGCACAAAAUCCGCACCUCGGGCUCCCUGAUGCUUUAUCCCAUCCUAAUGGAGGACUACGAUAGAACGGUGGAGCUCUUGCAGCUGAAGCGGGCAGCCGUCAAGAAACUUCGCUGGGAGCACAGACGCUUGACCCUACGCAUCAGUACGACAGAGUCCAAGUUGUCAGAGCGAAAAAGUACUACUCGAUUUUCGGUCGCAGCGAAGCUACUCGGAGAGCCUUUAAUGGUUAUAACUGGAUUCAAUACUACCCCAACAGCCCUUUAGAGGCAUUCUUUUUACGCUCGCUCAAAUAUUCAUUAAUUUUCAAGACGGCAAGAUUUUCCCGUAUAGCCUUUUUUUUAUUAAAGGACAAUCUCCUAACUAAAAAC